UAGGUAUCGACUAAAUCAGUUAAACGAUUGCUCAUCACUAGUUGACAUGACAUGUCAAAAAAUCAAUCCAGAGGGCGCUCUAAAUUGCUCGGCCACGUAAGUCAGGGUCGUAUUUUUCUUCCUUGGAUAUUUUAAUUACAUUAUUUUACAUGCUGUGAUAAUAUGUGAGAAUGGUAUAACAAUACACAAGUGUUUGUGAGAAUAUUUUUGUCUGUACUUCAUCCCGACUGCGAUUGACAAGCCAUGUCCAAUUUACCACCAAAUCCAUACAACAACUUCCCUGGGCCGCCGCAUCAAGUGAACGCUAAUGCGGUGCCGCAAACGUUCAACCAUAACCAGCAGUUUGGUCAGGUGCCACUGAGUCAGCUGCCCCCAGGGUAUGGAGGACUAAAGCAGGACCCGAACUCGAACAGUCCUGCUCAUGGGCCGGCUUCGGCUCCCCAGAACAAUGUGCUGCAAAAUGUGAACAAUUACAGUCAGAGUGCAAGUAGUUCUCCAGCUUUCAACCAGCCUGGAAUGACAUCACCUCCACAACAUGGUCCACAUAUGUCACCCAUGAGGCCCCCAAUGUCUGUAGCUCCUAACUCUAUUCCAAAUCCUUUGCCUCCCCCUCAAAAUGUGUCACAGUCAUCUGCCAGCCCCAGAGCAUUGCCUAAGGCUAAUCCUUCUCCGACCCCAUACAAUCCCAGCUAUCAUCCUCCUCAUCAAAUUAAUGAUAAUGCUCCACCUCUUAUUCCUUCUAGUCAAAUGAGCCAACCUCUUCUGAAUGGCCCUUCUGGCCCUCUUCCAUCUCAAUAUGGCCCUCCUUCAAGCCAAUAUCCUGUUUCAUCUAGUGCUUAUAGCUCUCCUCCUGGAGGCAAGCCACCAGUGUCUGCCUAUGGGCAGGCACCUAUUCCAAAACCUACUGGCCCAGCCUCAUUACCAACUCAACCUAAUGUUCCCUUCUCUAGUGCACCCCUCACUGGACCUCCUAGAAAUAGUCCGUUGAUUCCUGGACCUCCAGUGAGUGGACCUCCUAUUGGAAUGCAAAAUUUUAGUGGUCCAUUAACUGGUCCCCCUAGGCAAGCAGGGGUGAAUGGACCAAAUGUUAGUGGGCCCCAAGUAAGACCUGAUCCUGCUAUGGGCCCUAAACCUGCAACUCAUCCUCCUGCUCCCAUGGGUCUUCCAGGUGGUCCACCUAUAGGCCCAGGAAGUCUUCCACCAACACAGGGAUUUUCAGGACAAUACAAAAAUGGACCCUCAGGUCAGCCUAUAGGCCCGGCUAUUAGAAAUAUGGGACCAACAAGCACAUUCAGUGGGCCCCAAAACCCACCAGUUGGAUCACAAAUGCCGCCAAUGGGUCCACAGAGUUUACCACCUAUGGGACCACAGAGUUUACCACCCAUGGGACAGCAAAGCUUACCACCUAUGGGCCACCAAAUGGGACCACCACCAGGACCUAUUGUGGCAGCGGGUGGUCCUCCAAAGAGUAACAUGCAGAACAGAUAUCCUCAAAUGGCUGCUGCACCUGGCAAUUAUGUGAAUAACCAGCCUCAUCAGGCUCCACAAGGAAAUAUGAAGCAAUAUCCACAGCAAUACAGUGCACAAGGUGUGACUCAGCAAAUGGGACAGCUGAGUGUGACGAAGCAAGGAUUUGACCAACUGUGGGGUCAUCAUAUGGUGGACCUGCUACAGUGCAAGCAUAUCCUGCCGGAAUAUCCAGAGGACCCACCGGAGAUUAAACUUUGCCACCAGUUUGCUGAUGCAUCUAAUUGCAGUCCUGAGAUCUUCAGAAGUACUAUCAACCGUAUCCCGGAGACGAACAGCUUGCUGCAGAAGUCGAGGCUCCCACUCGGUAUACUCAUUCAUCCAUUCAAAGAUCUCAAUAAUUUGCCAGUGAUCCAGUGCGCGACUAUCGUGCGGUGUCGCGCGUGUCGCACGUACAUCAACCCGUUUGUUUACUUCGUGGACGCCAAGCGGUGGAAGUGUAAUCUGUGCUACAGGGUCAAUGACCUGCCAGAAGAAUUCCAGUACGACCCAGUAAGCAAGUCCUACGGCGACCCGUCCCGUCGUCCGGAGAUCAAGUCGGCUACGAUCGAGUUCAUAGCCCCCGGCGAGUACAUGCUGAGGCCGCCGCAGCCAGCCGUCUACCUGUUCCUCUUCGAUGUGUCCCAGCUGGCGAGGGAGUCUGGCUAUCUGCAGGUGGCUUGCGACACUCUGAUAGCGAACUUGGACUCUCUACCGGGUGACGCUCGAACACAGAUCGGAUUCAUCUGCUACGAUGCGCAUGUACACUACUAUCUUAUGGGAGAGGGGCUCACUAGGCCCAAGGAGAUGACUGUGCUCGAUAUUGAUGACGUGUUCCUGCCGUCCCCCGAGUCGCUGCUGGUGAACCUGAGCGAGCGGCGCGGCCUGGUGCGCGAGCUGCUGGGCGUGCUGCCGGCGCGCUACGCGGCCGCCGCCGCCGCCGCGCCCAGCUGCGCGCUCGGCGCCGCGCUGCAGGCCGCUUACAAGCUCAUGGCACCGACUGGAGGUCGCAUCACAGUAUUCCAGACGUGUUUACCAAACGUUGGACCUGGAGCAUUACAACCUAGAGAGGAUCCGAACGCGCGGUCAUCCAAAGACGUGGCUCACCUAAACCCGGCGACGGACUUCUACAAGCGUUUGGCGUUGGACUGCAGUGGAGCGCAGAUAUCUGUCGACCUGUUCCUACUCAACUCGCAGUAUGCUGAUCUCGCUACGCUUAGUGGCAUGAGUAAGUUCAGUGCGGGCACGGUGUACCACGUGCCGCUGUUCCGCGCGAGCCGCGGCUGGCAGGCGGCCACGCUGGCGCGGCAGCUGGCGCGGUACCUCACGCGCAAGAUCGGCUUCGAGGCCGUCAUGCGGGUGCGCUGCACCAGGGGUAUAACAAUCCACACGUUCCACGGUAACUUCUUCGUGCGGUCGACGGACCUGCUGUCGUUGCCCAACGUGUCGCCCGACGCGGGCUUCGGCAUGCAGCUCUCCAUAGAGGAGUCGCUCUCCGACCUGCAGCAGGUCUGCUUCCAGGCGGCGCUACUCUAUACUAGCAGUAAAGGUGAAAGAAGGAUACGUGUCCACACGCUCGCGUUACCCACAGCUAGUAAUUUGACGGACGUGCUACAUUCCGCUGACCAACAAUGUAUUAUAGGAUUACUUAGUAAAAUGGCGGUGGACCGCUGCAUGUCCGCGUCGAUGGGCGAGGCGCGCGAGGCGGUGAUGAACGUGGCGGUGGACGCGCUGUCGGCCUUCCGCCUGUCGCAGAACCUGCCGCCCGGCGCCAUGAGCUCCUCCCUACACGCGCCCAUGUCGCUGCGCCUGCUGCCGCUCUACCUGCUCGCCUUACUCAAGAAGAAAGCGUUCCGCACGGGCACGUCGACGCGGCUGGACGACCGCGUGGCCGACAUGUGCGCGCUGAAGGUGAGCCCGCUGGCGCAGCUGCUGCGCGCCGCCUACCCCGACCUGUACCCGCUGCACGCGCUGCGGGACCACGCGCCCGACGCGCCCGGCCCGCCCGGCCUGCUGCCCGACCACGACGACGAGCCCGCCGACGCGCCCGACCCGCCCCGUCUGCAGCUCACCGCGGAGAGAAUAAACAUAAACGGCGCUUAUCUGCUGGACGACGGCGAGAGCAUGAUAAUGUACGUGUGUCAGGGCGUGAGCCCGGCCUUCCUGUCGGAGACGUUCGGCGUGACGGCGCACAGCCAGCUGGCGGACGAGAUGCGCGCGCUGCCGCGCCUGCCCACGCCCGGCAGCGCGCUGCUGCACGCCUUCAUCGACAAGCUCAACGACGAUCGCCCCUACGCCGCCGACAUGCUUAUACUCAAAGACAACUCACCGUCGCGGACAUUAUUCACGGAGCGUCUAAUCGAGGACCGAGUGGAGUCCGCAUUCUCUUACUUCGAGUUCUUACAACACGUGAAAAACCAAGUGAAAUGAGUUUGGGAUGAAAUGCGAUUGACUUUUAGACGGGACAAGCCGUCCAUAGUGGCCGGACGCGGGACACGGUGUGUUAGCUAAUGAAGUGCUUUGUGCCGGCUUGCCGGACUAGAUGGUACGACACUGCCCUAAUACUAUAAGAAUUUAGCACUUCUGGUUUUCGAGUUUUGAAAACCGGUGGUAGUGGUAAAGUUACGAAUUUCCAUAGCAUCCCCACUCGAUUAUAUUAUUUAUUGUUCUAGUGUACAGCGUUAGUGCAUAUUUAGAGUUCGUUUACUACAUAUAACAUCACACUUAGUCCGAGAGUUGAGCUCAAAAUAGGUGUUAUUUGUAUGUGAUGUGGACUCGAGUAUACAGUGAUACCCCUAACAUACAACUAUUUAUUAUUUAUUCAUCCAAAAUUAUAAAUGUCCAAAUGAUCGUUAGCGUAGUUAGUGACGUGCAAACAGAACAGCUCUCUGAUCAAUAUAAAACAAUAACAUUAGAAGAGUAUUACUACGAGGCUAUAAAUUAUAUUUUCAUUGUAAAAUAAAUAAUAUAUAACUGAUAAAUUAUUUACAAAAUUAGUUAGUAACACAUAAACGAAAUAAUUGCUUCCAUCAUUUAAAAUUGUAAGGAGGUUAGUGAUUAGUUUGAUGAAAAUAGAGGUCGCAUUUAAAUUAUAUAUAGUUGUAAAGAAUAUUCUACCGUGUUAUUGGCCAAUAUCUACUAGAGUACAGGGCAGGGUUAGCCGGUUCUGUGAAGUUUUAUUUAAGUUGUAUUCUGCAAUAGAGGACCGCAAUAAGUAUGAAUACACGUACGGCGACAAUAUCGAAUGUAAACGGUGAUAUAAACUCGAGCCAGAAGCGCUAUUUAAUGUAAAUGUAAAAAAUAUGUAGUGUCGUUGAUUUGUGAAAAUAUUGUAAAGUUCCAGUGAAGGCGUGUGAUCCGUUUAUAGCUUACUUUAUCAUUGUAUGUUAUCGAAUGUUACGUUUAUACAAUAAUAACAGAUACUGUGACAAUUAAGUAUUUUACUGAACAUUAUUGAUGUAUGACAAGAACCCUGUUACGCCAGUUCCAAGAUAUUUAUAAAAUAUAUUUUUAUUUCUUGGAUUCAUAGAUUUUUAUUUGUUCUUUGCCUUUAAGGUGGGGUUUUAUCGGAUUGUUAUUAUAUAAUUGAGGAUACGGUGUUUGUAAUGAAUUAAAUAAAGCAAUAACAUUCUAUACGUUUCGUGACGCGGAAGUGAAGCUCGGUGAAAUGAUAAUAAACUAGUUGUCAUUCAAGAACUUUAUGAAAUUAUAUGUCUAAGGCUUUAUUUGUAUGCGUGGUGUGUUUGUGUGCACAAUCGCAAACGGAACAAGGCACACGAGGUGUACAAAAAUGGUUUUUAAUGUUAUGAAAAUUAUAUAUAAAAUGUAUUGACUCCAAAGCAAUUUGUUCGUAUGCUUUGUUCCGUGUUUGCUUGGAUGACUGUAAGACCGUUACCCAUGUGUUGUGUACAAAUGUUUGGUAUGUUUUUUUUACGUAUUCCUAGGGCGUGGCGUAAUCGGUGCACUGACGGCGAAUAAAUGUAUUACCCCGUUGAUGCGAGAACAUAUUUUUUUAUUGUUAAUUCCAUGUUAGUUGUAUGUAGUUAUCUUAAAACUUGUAUCUAUUAAUCAUAAUUCGAUAUUAUUUCACCAUUGUAAAUUAAAUAAAAUUAUUUAUGAAAUUGUA